CUCAGUGCGCAUGCGCCUCUUUACAGGAAGUGUUAACGUUUCCACCACCAGCUGAUAGCGACUUGUCAACAGAGGAGCCUGCGACCCCCCGCGGCUCCGAACCCCGCAACUCAGGUACAACAGGGAGAGCAGAGACGUCACCAGCGAGACACGACUACAGACGGUCUUUUGAAGUAACGUGAGCGACAUCCCAGACGCAUCUGUCUCCGCUCCAGGGAGGAGGCCCCCCCCCCCCGCCUGACUCCUACGCAGGCCGGUAUGAGCUCCAGAGGGAGCGGUGGCCGCACCAACGGCUCACUACCCCAGACCAAGAUCUGCCAGUUCAAGCUGGUGCUGCUGGGGGACAUGGCCGUGGGCAAGUCCAGCCUGGUGCUGCGCUUCGUCAAGGGACAGUUUGAUGAGUUCCAGGAGACGACCAUCGGAGCUGCUUUCCUGGCCCAGUCUGUGUGUCUAGAUGACACCACAGUGAAGUUUGAGAUCUGGGACACCGCCGGACAAGAGCGAUACCACAGCCUGGCGCCCAUGUAUUACCGCGGAGCUCAGGCCGCCAUCGUCGUCUUUGACAUCACCAAGCCGGAGACGUUUGAGCGAGCCAAGGCCUGGGUGAAGGAGCUGCAGCGACAGGCCAGUCCUAACAUUGUUAUCGCCCUGGCUGGGAACAAGGCGGACCUGGCAGAGAAGAGACUCGUAGAGUACGAGGAAGCUCAGACGUAUGCUGACGACACCGGCCUGCUCUUCAUGGAGACCUCGGCCAAGACGGCCAUGAACGUCAACGAGCUCUUCCUGGCCAUCGCAAAAAAGAUGCCAAAAACAGACACCCAGAACCCGACACAUGCAGCGCGGCAUCGCGGCGUCAACCUCCAGGACCCAGACGCUCACUCCACCCGGGCCUGCUGCGGUGGGAACUAGACCUCCACGACUCCCACCAGUACUCCCACCAUCCUCACCACCACAGCCCGUCAACCCCUCCCGUCUCCUGGCCCCGGGCCCGAGGCGGGGUAACCCAGUAUCUACGCACCCACUUCCCCUCCAUUCAUCCUCCUGUCCAAGCAGACAGAUAAUUUAAAAAUGAGAGAAUGAGGCGCGAUGAUUCACAUCUGUGUCUCCUGAGCGACUGAGAUCCUGCGUUUGGAAACGACGAGGGCAGGUUUAGAGACGACUGAGACAGAGAAGUGCAAAAUAAAGAGUGUGGAAGACGGUGGCAAAGCCUGUUGUAGUAUUUAGCACUAAUAAUUGUGAGUUUUCUUUUUGUUUCCACUCGGCCCUGCAACGUUUCAGUCACAGCCUUGUUUGAUUGUGUAAAAAUGCACAAACUGAGCAGCACAUGCCGGCGAGUGGCUAAGACAGAAAAAAAAAAAAGGCGCAAGCAUCUGCUCCUCAUGAACCAAUCAGAUCCCGCUGUGAAUAACUCCACAUAUUGUAUCUGAAUGAGGCCAUGAUUCCUAAACCCUCCGUGUCCUGCCUGGCGCCCCCUGGUGUCAGUGGUACCCUCCAGGGCCUCGUCAGAUCAGACCUAUGGCACAGUUUAUCCAACAGAAGUUAAUUUGUGUGUAUUUGUUGUCCAGUGUUUUGACUUGACUGCUUGUAGUGACGCUCCAGUGUCUCGGAGGCACCCGGUCCACUCACACUCCUUUAGUCCUGACAGAAACUCUAACUCAUAAUGUGAAGCAAAUGGUUAUAACUCUUUUGUAUCUGGAGAAGCAGCAGCAGGUUGUCGGGUCCGACUCGGUCACAACAACAGGAACAUGUGGGGAACAUUCAGGCGAGGGGCGGAGCCUGUAGAGCAGCAGGAGGCGGGACGUGACGUAUAAAUUCUGCUGUGGAAAGAUCAGUGUUUGGUAUCUGCCGCAUGUUGGAAACAUCAUCACGACCACUUGCUUGCAGGGACAUUUUCCUGCUGUUUUCUCACUUGGACAUUUUCCUGACAUUUUACCAGGGGGCUGCAGGAAAAGAUCCAGAAAAAAGUCCGGAGCAAUUGACCAGACAUCUGCUUUCUCACAGCCCCUCUGGAUUAUUUCAGGAAAAUGUGCGGACAUUCAACCCUGGUAUUAACAUCCGACCACAAGUGGUCAGCGCUCAGUUCAGGACUGAGACGUGUCCUGAGAUCUAAACACUCAAACCACAUUCGGAGGUGGUCUGUUACGCAUGUGGCCACAUUCUUCUCACACUCACACACACUGAAGGACGUCCUCUGACCCGCAUGUUUCACAAUGAACUAAACUAAUUAUUUUACGCUUUUCAGUGACAAUACUUAAAUUUGUUUCUGGCCACCACCACGAUAUCGACAGGACAGAAUUUCUAUUUUUAUUAAAUUGAUCAAAUGAGAUUCAUUCAGCUGCUUCUGACUCCUCUCUCUCUCCCCGACACACACACACACACACACACACACACACACACACACACACACACACACACACACACACACACACACACACACACACACACACACACACACACACACACACACACACACACACACACACACACACACACACGUAAAGACACCUGUCAGACUAGGUAAAAGUAACAUCCCUUGGUCUUUGUGAACACGAAUGACGUACGUGCACGUAGAGCGGGGAAGUGAGACCCGAUCACGAGCGGUCCCCUUAAUACCAGGUCUGAACAGGGCCAAAGACACAUGUUGCAUGUUUCAUGAAAGACUGGUGAAGUUUUGGUUGCGUUUCAGUGGCUUUGCUCGAGUGCUGAUGAGGAAGAAUGUGAUCAUCGCAGGCCGCAGCUCUUAGAAACAAUACAAACAGCAACAAUAUAAACUUGAGUGAGUGUAGGAAGUCACGAGACUUUUAUUAUGUACGAGCAGGAAACCGCAAGCUGUGACUAAUGAUGUGUCUGUAGCAGAGAGAGAAACCAUCAAACGCUUAAAGUUCCUGGUCUGAAUAAAGUAUUAAAUCUCAAUUAUGACAGUUAGUGUAAGUCCAUCUGAGACUAAAUAAAAUAUCUGGUGUCCUGGAAGAUUUCAGGACGGAAUUAAAAGCAGAAACAAGAAGAAAACGUCCUGUAGGAGAAAAUCUGCACAUCUAGUUUCCUCUGUUCUUCAUCUGUCUCUUUUCCUCCAUAGUUGAACUGAUUCACUUAACUUAAUACAAUGCUCUUUAAAACAGAGUGUGUGUGCGUGGUUGCUGUCUUAAAGCUUGGCUGAAGAAAAUGAAGAAAGACGUAGAAGAUUAAAACGCACAUACACAAGAAAAACAAAAAACAGAAGUGCCUAUUCCCAGUUUUCUUUCUCUGUGAAUCCUGUUUCUUUACGUGUGGAGCUUUGUAGGCAAAGUGCAGGAAAAACCAUCUCCACCAUCGGCUCGUAUCAUAAACCAAUAACCCGGCACCCUGUCAUCAGGCUCUACUGUAACGGCUUUUUGUAUGGAUGUAAAGAUCUCGUUGAAUACACUGUAUGUUGUAUAUUAUUGUCUUAAUUCUAAUGGAAGUGUACGUUGGCUUUAGAGCACACUUGUGAACCUGGAGUGUAUCGUCUGAAGGACUAAUAGAUGUUAUGAAUCUGAUUUAAACAAAUACUGGUGUUCAGGAAAAAUGGGUUUUGUUCCGCUUUAUUGUCAAAGUCAUGCAAAUUCUAAAACUUAAAAAAAUAUGGCAAACUAAUUAAAAGUCUCAAAAAUUGAAGGAAACAAAUAUUAAAAAGAUAAAAAUAAUUAGUUUGCCCCUCCAAAGACACUAAGCGCUCAUCAGCUCAUUACACACAAUAAAUACAUCUGUUCAUUCUCCAGCGAUCACAAGUACGUUCAGUGUUCUGUGCAAUUAUGACAAGUCGUUAAAAACAAGACUCGAUUUCUCAUCUGCACCUACAGUAUGUAAAGUGUUCAAUAAAGCUGUGAACGGCA